AAAAUUUCUGAGAAGUUGAGCACCCAAAAAGCAGGCAGCCACUGCCAGAAUUCCAAGUCAACUAACACCAGAAGUCUUCAAUAUCUCUUCAAAUUUCUCACCUAUAAAUAUUACAACCUCAUCCCACCAUUUCCAACAUUCUUCAUAUCUUUCAUAUUAUUUUUACGCAGUUUCGGGCUCAUCGCAACUCAACAUGGAAACCCCAAUUUGGUCUGCAUGUCUUUUGCUGCUCGUAUUCCUUUAUCUCCUAGCGAAAACAAUCCGACGUAGAAAACUGAAUUUGCCGCCCGGCCCGAAACCCUGGCCCGUUAUUGGUAACCUGAACCUCAUAGGCCCUCUCCCACACAGAUCCUUACACCAACUCUCCCAGAAAUACGGGCCCUUAUUGCAUCUCCAAUUCGGGUCCUUCCCUGUGGUCGUGGGCUCCUCCGUGGAGAUGGCCAAAGUCUUCCUGAAAACGAUGGAUGUUACAUUCGCCUCACGGCCCAAAACCGCCGCCGGGAAGUACACCACCUACAACUAUUCGGACAUCACGUGGUCGCCCUACGGCCCGUAUUGGAGACAGGCCCGGAAAAUGUGCUUGAUGGAGCUUUUCAGCGCUAAGAGGCUUGAAUCCUACGAGUACAUCCGGGUGGAGGAAAUGAACUCUCUGCUGAAAAGCCUGUUCAAAUCCUCGGGUCAAUCCGUUUUGCUGAAGGAUUAUCUGUCGACGGUGAGCCUGAAUGUGAUCAGCCGCAUGGUUCUGGGGAAGAGGUACCUGGACAAAGACAACGAGAACGCCGUGGUUUCGCCGGAGGAGUUCAAGAAAAUGCUGGACGAGCUGUUCUUGCUGAAUGGGGUGAUCAACGUGGGGGAUCUGAUUCCCUGGAUCAGUUUCUUGGAUUUGCAGGGGUAUGUGAAGAGGAUGAAGAUUGUGAGCAAGAAAUUCGACAGGUUUUUGGAGCAUGUUCUUGAUGAGCAUGAGGAGAGGAGGAGGAGAGUGGAGGGGUAUGUGAGUAGAGAUAUGGUGGAUGUUCUGCUGGAGCUUGCGGAGGAUCCGACUUUGGAGGUGAAGCUGGAGAGGCAUGGAGUCAAGGCCUUUACUCAGGAUUUGUUGGCCGGUGGAACCGAAAGCUCUGCGGUGACAGUGGAGUGGGCAAUCGCAGAACUCCUGAAAAAGCCUGAAAUUUUCAAGAAGGCAACGGAAGAGCUGAAUCGCGUCAUAGGACAAAACAAAUGGGUUCAAGAGAAGGAUAUACCUAACCUUCCUUACAUAGAGGCCAUUGUCAAGGAAACCAUGAGGCUCCAUCCAGUCGCACCCCUGCUCGUACCUAGAUUCUCAAGGGAAGAUUGUAAGGUUGCUGGAUAUGACAUCAAGAAAGGGACCCAAGUGUUAGUGAAUGUAUGGACAAUAGGUAGGGAUCCAUCACUAUGGGAAAACCCGACAGAAUUUUGUCCCGAGAGAUUCAUUGGAAAGGCGAUCGAUGUCAAGGGACAAGACUUCGAGCUUUUGCCUUUCGGGUCGGGAAGAAGAAUGUGCCCGGGCUACAAUCUGGGCUUAAAAGUGAUCCAGUCGAGCUUGGCUAACCUUCUUCAUGGAUUCAACUGGGAACUGCCUGAUCACAUGAGGCCCGAAGAUUUGAACAUGGAGGAAAUUUUCGGACUUUCAACUCCAAGAAAGAUCCCACUUGUUGCUGUGGUUAAGCCCAGACUACCAUAUGAGGUUUAUAACCUGUGAUAUUAAUAGAUAGAUUCUUGUAUGCACGAAGUGUUUAAUGUACUAAUAACAAUAAGGUUAUGCACAUGGGGCAAGACAGAAUCAGUUGUGGAAUGCGAGGAAAAGAGUACUGGUGAGGUUAUGCACUAAA